AACAGUGUGUCUGAGCUACACGUUUACCCCCGAAACAGAGGGAGGGAGCUGCACUGUGGUCUUGUGGACGAUGUGAUAGAGCAGAAGGUUUUUGGCAUGGAGCUGCCGGCCGGACAGGAGAAGCCGCAGAAGCGGGUGAGGUUCCGCGUGGCCUCUGGGAACAGCGGCCGGGUGCUGAAAGAGAUGUUCAAGGACGAGGGGCCCGCAGAUUCCCUGGACUCGGACUGCACCAGCAGCUCGGACGCCGAGCGGGCCAGCACCCCUUCCUCCAGCGGAGAGGUGCACGGAAACCUGUUCGGAUCCCUGGGCUCCGAGCUGGACGACAGCGAAAGCGAGCCCGACGAGCUGCUCAUGUACGCCGGGGCCACCAAGAACUGGACGUUCACCACCAAGAGGGUCAACAUCCUCAGCAAAAACGGGACUGUCAGGGGGGUCAAGCACAAAGUCAGCGCAGGUCAGACGCUGUUUGAAAACCUUCCCAAUUCCAACAGUAUGGACUUAAUUCUGGAGUUUGGCCGGAUAGUGAUCUACACCACCAGUUUCCGCGUGGUCAGGACGACCUUCGAGCGCUGCGAGCUGGUCAGAAAGAUUUUCCAGAAUCACAGGAUGAAGUUUGUGGAGAAGAACAUCGCCCUGGACAGCGAGUACGGGAAGGAGCUGGAGGAGAGGUGCAAGCGUGUCGGGGAACCUCCUUCACUGCCGGUGGUGUUUAUUGAUGGACACUACCUCGGGGGUGCGGAGAAAAUACUUGGCAUGAAUGAAUCAGGAGAGUUGCAAGAUCUUCUGACAAAAAUUGAGAGGGUACAGCAUCCCCAGACGUGCCAGACCUGCGGGGGCUUUGCCUUCAUCCCAUGCCCAAUGUGCCAUGGCAGCAAGAUGUCUGUGUUUCGCAACCUCUUCACAGAUUCCUUCAAAGCCCUCAAGUGUACUUCCUGCAACGAGAACGGCCUGCAGCCCUGUGUGAGAUGCAGUCAGUGAGGAUGUUAAGUGCCUGGACCAACAUCCCUCCUUUCUCCCUCACGCACGGGAACCGGGCCUGGACUGCAAAAAACGGGCAGUGAGCAGCAGCAUAGUAGGAUUCCUCCUCCAUGGCCAUUGUAGUAAAGACACUGGAAAUUUCAAAUAAAAAUUUUGCG